AUGCCUUCCCGCCAAGACCAGCGCGGAGGUUUGGCUUUCAAAACUAGCUCCUUCAGCCCCCUUUGUCCAUUCAUUUCGCAACAUGCGGAAGGGCCAACACAAGAAGAAUGUCACGGACGGAGAGUGCAACAACCUGGUCCAGCACCUCUUGACCGGUGCACUUCGAGCGGCAAGCUACCCAAGGGCGUUGCCGAAGACAUGGGCAAGCUGUUCGACUGCACCCCGACGACUGUGCGGCGCAUCUGGCGGCGUGCAUCUGUAGACCUGUCUGGGAGCAAGACAAUCUGUGCCAGCGUCCACCAGCGGAAGAAGGGCCAAAGCGGGCGUAAACGAAUGUACACCGACAUACCCGAGCGGAUUCAAGCCGCAGUCGCGGCGCAAUUGCUUCCGCUCUAUUGCCUACGCGCUCAACAUCCCCAAGUCAACCCUCCAUGUCUACUUCAAGCAUGGCGUCAUUGCGAAAAUUGGGCCAUCAAGCACGUGACGGAUAUCGACGGCGCGAAGUAUUUUGACCUCAUGUACCACACUGUUCAUGUUGACGAAAAAUGGUUUUUCAUGACGCGGCUCCAGAAGAAGAUUUACGGCGCGCCUGGUGAGAAGAUCAAGCAACGAUCGUGUAAGUCGAAGCGUCACCUGCUCAAGGUCAUGUUCCUGUCAGCGGUCGCUCGCCCACGCUGGGACCAAGCGAAAGGUGAAUGGUUCGAUGGCAAGAUCGGCACGUGGCACUUCACCGAGAUCGUGCCGGCGCAACGGCGCAGCUGUCGCCGUGAUGCAGGAACGCCUGUCAUGAAGACUGUCAACGUCACUCGCGACACCUACAAGGCCAUGAUUAUCGACAACGUCAUCCCUGCAAUCCGAUCCAAGUGGCCAAGUGGUGAGACCAAGCGCGUCAAGAUUCAACAGGACAACGCGCGUCCACACGUGGUUUUUCAACCCCCAAACUCACCGGAUUUGAACGUCCUGGACCUUGGCUUCUUCCGUGCCAUUCAGACGCUCCAAGUUGAGAAGAAUUCCAGCAGCCUUGAAGAGAUUGUGGCAGCGACGGACGCGGCCUGGGCGGCGGUCAGCACGACAACCCUCACCAAGAACUUUCUCACCUUGCAGAGAUGCCUCCAGGAGAUUAUUCUCGACACCGAGGCAUUGACCAUAUACAACGGCACCGAGGUUCAUGACGACAUUGUCGCUGCGCUUGGCUUGGUUCAAUUGUCUGAAUAG